AUGAAUGCCGCUGGAUCGGCGUCAGCGCCGGCGUCAGCACUACUGCCACGCUCGGAUCUGCUGAUACGAUACCGUGCUGGUAAAACCGGAUCCGGUGGUGGUGGUGCAGCACCUUGGGCGGUGCAGGGCAUGCGCCGCCAAGCCAGGAUGGCACACACCCGUGAAGGCAUGCGGCGACGCAGCGCGGCGGCCAUGCUGCUAGCAAGCUGCAGCAGCUCGUGCAGCGGUGUUCCGCUGCUGCUCCGCAGCCCUGUACUCCGGGUCUUGACGGGCAGCAGCUCGUGCAGCGGUAUUCCGCUGCUGCUCCGCAGCCCUGUACUCCGGGUUUUGACGGGCAGCAGCUUGUGCAGUGAUGUUCUGCUGCUGCUCCGCAGCCCUGUAGUCCAGGUCUUGACGGGCAGCAGCUCGUGCAGCCGUGUCCCGUUGUUGUUCUGCAGCCCUGCGCCCCGGAUCCAGAUGAGCAUCCCGCAUCCGGGCUGCAUCUGCGCUGAGUGUACCCAGGCGCUCACGACUGCGUGUCCCAGUCUGCUGGGGUGA